AUGAAGACGCUACUCUUUUUGUUGUCUUUCAUUUUUUUCGUUACCAAAUGUCAAUGUGAACCUGAAAAUUAUAGACAGCUUCUAGUCAAGCUGGACAAGUUAGAGGAGCUCGUGGUGGAUGGCUACGAGCUGUUCCACAAAGAAAAGUUAAAAACAGAAAAGAUUAACAAGGAAGAUAUUAAUGAUCCAAAGAGUGAGGUUAAUAUUUUAGCUUUCAAAAUAAGAGAUUUGGUCAACAAGUUUUUGCAGCUACAAAUUCCUGGCCAUGGUGACUUGCUACUCAUGAUAAGAGAAUUGGUCUUGAAUAUCAAUGGGCUAAAAUAUCUUGUGGAGAGCUACGAGGAAUUCAACCAAUUGAUGCACGUGAUAAACUUCCACUAUGACUUGUUGAGGGCGAAACUCAACGACAUGUGCGCCCACGAGUAUUGCAAAAUACCCGAGCAUCUGAAAAUCAAUGAAAAGGAGCUGGACAUGCUGAAGAAAGUUGUGCUCGGUUAUAGGAAACCCCUGGAUAACAUAAAGGACGACAUUGGGAAAAUGGAAGCCUUCAUCACGAAAAACAAGGAAACAAUAAAAAAAAUAAACGAGUUAAUUACUGCGGAGAAUAAGAAAUUGAGCGGCCAGCGCACAGGCGCAAUAGCCGAUGGUACUCAAAUUACUAGAGGCAGUUCUGCAAGUUCUCCUUCGACUGUCACUGUUUCGACUCCUACUGUUUCGGGUGACACUCAUUCGACGACCACCGGUUCGACUACCGCCCCUGCGACUACCACCAGUUCUCCUGUCACUGUAUCAGCUUCUGAAAAUGGAAGUUACGAGAACGAGAAACCCAUCUUCCAGGCCAUGUACAACAUCACAUUUUACACGAACCAAUUGGUUGAGGCGCAAAAGUUAAUUGAAGUCCUGGAGAAGCGCGUGGGAGUGCUGAAGAAGCACAAAAGCAUCAAGGCGCUACUCGACCAGAUCGAACAAGAAAAGACAAAUCUUCCAAAUGGUAAUCCCCCCGCUACACAUCUUACACAUGAACAAGAAGCAGCGAAAAAGAAAAUUGCAGACCUCGAGGAGCAAAUCGUAGCCAUCGCCAAAACGGUGAACUUCGACCUCGACGGCCUAUUCACCAACACAGAGGAAUUGGAGUACUAUUUGAGGGAGAAGGCAAAGGUGACCGACAUGCUAAUCAUCCCCGAAAGCACCCAGGCAGCUAGCACCCAGGCAGCUAGCACCCAGGCAGGAAGCACUCCCACAAAGACAGUUCCAAGCAUGAAAGAGAGCUACCCACACGGAAUAACCUACGGUCUAGCAGAAAGCACCAUUUUCGAACUGAUAGAAAAAACUGGAUCCGAGGAGACCUUUGGUGAUUUGGAAAAUCCGGAUGAUGGAAAGCUGCCACAGAAGGAAAUCAUCCUUAGUGAAGACAAGAGAAAAGAGUUGAUGGACAAAAUUAUGAAUAAAAUUAAAAUGGAAGAAGAGAAAUUGGACAGCCUAAAAAAGAAAUACGAAGACCAACUUAAGAAGUACGAGGAGAAGGUUAAGGACUUCCAACAAACACAUAAGGAAUUUUAUGAAGCAAGACUGAACAACACCCUUGUUGGAGACAAAUUUGCUAACUUUAAGACCAAAAGGGAUGCAUAUAUGACGGAGAAAAUAGAACUAGAGAAAUGCACAUACCAACAGGAAGCCGCUCUGAUUAAGAAGCUGAAAAAACAGCUUACCUAUUUGGAGGACUACACCUUAAGGAAAGAUAUCGCCAACGAUGAAAUUAACUCCUUUAGCGCUAUGGAGUGGAAACUAAAGAGCCGAAUUUAUGAGCUAUCUAAGGAAGUUCGUAAAAAUGAAAACAAACUGGUCCUGGAAAACAAGUUCGACUUUUCCGGGGUUGUGGAACUGCAAGUACAGAAAGUGUUGAUAAUAAAAAAAAUCCAGGCUCUAAAAAAUAUCCAGAAUCAUCUUAAAAAUGCCAAGGUGAAAGACGACCUUUACGUUCCAAAGGUGUACAAGACUGGCGAGAAACCCGAGCCCCACUACUUGAUUGUCCUCAAAAAGGAGAUUGACAAAUUGAAGGACUUUAUCCCGAAAAUUGAGGCCAUGAUCACCACUGAGAAGGCCAACCUCGCCAAGGAAGCGGCAGCGACCCAGGGACAAUCGCUUAGAGGAGAAAGUGAAACAUCUCCAGCAGCUCCAGCAGCUCCAGCACCUUCAACAUCUUUAGCAUCUGACACAACAACACUUGCAACAACAACAUCUAACACAGCAACAUCUGCAACAACAACAUCUAACACAGCAACAUCUGCAACCACAACAUCUGCCACAACAACAUCUGACACAACAACAUCUGACACAACAACAUCUGACACAACAACAUCUGACACAACAACAUCUGACACAACAACAUCUGCCACAACAACAUCUGACACACCAACACCUGCAACAACAACAUCUGACACACCAACACCUGCAACAACAACAUCUGACACGCCAACACCUGCAACAACAACUGAAAUAUCAAUACCCACAACAACACCUACACCAGCAGCUGCACCUGCACCUGCGGCACCAUCCAUGUCCAAAGUGGAAUACCUCGAAAAACUCCUCAACUUCUUAAAAUCCGCUUACGCAUGCCACAAGCACAUCUUCGUGACCAACUCCACCAUGAAAAAGGAACUACUGGAUCAGUACAAACUUACGACUGAUGAGGAAAACAAAAUUAAGCAGAGCAAAUGCGAUAAACUGGAUCUUAUAUUCAAUGUCCAGAACAACUUGCCAGCCAUGUACUCUAUAUAUGACACCAUGAGGGACGACCUGCAGAACCUUUACAUUGAGUUGUACGAGAAGGAAAUGAUUUAUAACAUAUAUAAGAACAAAGAGAAGGACACGAGACUUAAGGCUCUCCUGGAAACUACUAAUCCAGUAACCACAGUAGGAACAGUAAGUCAAGGCAACUCUACCUCAGUUGUAACAAACACACAAACUACACCCCAUGAAGAAGGAAGCAACACCGUAAAAGCUAACUGCGAUGAUAAACCUGAAGACCUCCUUAUGCAAAUGGAAAUGAUUUACGAAAAGCACAUAUCCGAAAUGGACAAGUACAACGAAAAUUUCAACAAGUUCCUGGAAUCCAAAAAACAGAAAAUCACCACAAUGAAGGAUGAAGAGUGGAAAGCAUUAGGUACUGAAAUUGAACAGCUGAAGAAAAAGAUACAAGUAUCUCUGGACCACUAUGGAAAGUACAAACUCAAAUUGGAAAGAUUCCUGAAGAAGAAAAAGAAAGUUACUAAUACCAAGGGACAAAUUAAAGGACUGACGAUUUUGAAAAACAAAUUGGAAAGAAGAAAAAAUCUUCUGAAUAUCCCAACAAGUGUAUUAAAAAAUUUCACCGUCUUCUUCAACAAGAAGAGAGAAUCAGAAAAGAAGGAAGUGGAAAAUACACUUAAGAACACCGAUAUUUUGUUGAACUAUUAUAAGGCACUAGCCAAAUAUUACAUGAGUGAGCCCUUUCCAUUGAAGACCAUAAGUGAAGAGUCACUGCAGAAGGAGGACAACUACCUAAACUUAAAAAAGUUUAAAGUGCUGAGCAGAAUGGAAGGAAGACUUGGAGAUAACAUCCAAUUGGAGAAGGAAAACAUAAGCUACCUUUCCAGUGGAUUGCACCACGUCUUUACAGAACUGAAGGAAAUUAUCGACAACAAGAAAUACUCCGGAAACCGCACGGGUACCAGUAGCACCAGCGGUAACAGAAGGACCAGCAUCAGCGGUAACACCAGCAGUAGCACCAGUAGCACCAGAAGCACCAGAAGCAACAACAGCAGAAGAGGCAGCAGAAGAGGCAGCAGUCGAAGCAGCAGCUGGAGCACCAGCAUCAGGAGAAGCCCCAGCAGUAACAGUACCAUCAGCAACAGUACGGGCAGGAGCAACAACAACAACACAAGGGGCCGUAGGAGAAGCAGGAGCAACAACAACAACAAUAACAACACAAGGAGGCGUAGGAGAAGCAGGAGCAACAACAACAACAACAACAACAAUAACGACACAAGAAGACGCAGGAUCAACAACAACGACAACAACAACAAUAACAACAACAACAACACAAGGAGGCGCAGGAUCAACAAGUUCCACCCGUUCGUCUACAAAAAUGACGACGAAGGCUAUGACGAGGAGGAAGAAGAAAACAAGGAGGCAGACCAAGUAACAACGGGAGAGGACGAAAAUCAGGAGACGCCUGAAGUCAUCGUACCACCAGGAAUAAACGAGUACGAAGUGGUCUACAUCAAGCCAUUAGCAGGAAUGUACAAAACCAUAAAGAAGCAACUGGAGAAUCACGUGACCGCAUUAAACACUAAUAUAACGGACAUGUUAGAUUCUAGGUUCAAGAAGAGAAACUACUUCUUAGGUGUUCUAAACUUUGACCUGAACCCAUUUAAAUAUUCCUCAACCGGGGAUAACAUCAUUAAGGACCCAUACAAGUUGCUGGAUUUGGAGAAGAAGAAGAAGAUGCUGGGCGGAUACAACUACAUCGGUAUGUCAAUCGAAAAGGACUUGGCCACUGCGAAUGACGGCCUGGCGUACUACAAUAAGAUGAAUGACCUGUACAAGAAGCAGUUGGAUGCAGUGAAUAAAAAGAUUAAGGAAGUGGAAGAUGAGAUUAAAAAGAUACCAGACGGGGAACCUAAUGCUGCUACCAACAACCAAUUGAUUGCCGUAAAGGAAGAGUCGAAGAGUUACCUCCCGUUCCUGAACAGCAUCAAAAAGGAGUACGAGUCCCUCGUGAGCAUGGUGAUCACCUACACUAACAACCUAAAAAAAUUCAUCAACAACUUCCAGAUAGAGAAAAGAGAAACUGAGAUCAUUAUAAAGAAAUUGGAAGACUACAGAAAAAUGGACGAGAAGUUGGAGAACUACAGACAAUCGAAGGAAGAAGCUAAUGUGAUAUCUUCUGGUCUUCUGGACAAAUUGAAGAAAUCAAAAUUGAUUAAUGAAGAAGAGUCCAAGAAGAUAUUAUCCGAGGUAUUAAAUAUGGGAACUCAUUUGUUGAAUAUGGGUUCGGAACAUAAGUGUAUAGACACCACGGUGCCUGAUAAUGCAGCCUGCUACAGGUACUUGGAUGGAAGGGAAGAAUGGAGAUGCUUAUUAAACUUUAAGAAGGAAGGAGACAAAUGUGUGGCAGCAUCGAAUGUGACUUGUACGGAUAACAAUGGUGGUUGUGCCCCUGAAGCUGAAUGUAACAUGAAUGAGAACAAUCAAGUUGUGUGUAAAUGUACUAAAGAAGGUUCUGAGCCACUCUAUGAGGGAGUUUUCUGUAGCUCCUCCAGCUUCCUAAGCUUGUCCUUCUUUUUGCUCCUUUUACUUUUCCUCUUUUGCAUGGAGCUUUAA